AUAUACGUACAUCAUCGAUCUGUUUUCUUCCCUCGCGAUAUAUACACCUAUAGAUUUAGAGAGAGUAAAAUUUCAGAGUGAUGGAGAAAGCAAUUGAGAGACAGAGAGUUUUGCUCCAACACCUUCGUCCUUCUUCUUCGUCCUCUUCUCUGGAAGACAUUCAAUCCUCUCUCGCUGCAUCUGUCUGUUCUGCUGGGGAUAGUGCUGCGUACCACAGGACUUCUGUCUUUGGGGAUGAUGUUGUCAUAGUAGCUGCAUAUCGCACUGCACUUUGCAAGUCAAAGAGGGGUGGUUUUAAAGAUACUUAUCCUGAUGACUUGCUUGCGCCUGUUUUGCGGGCUGUGAUAGAGAAAACAAAUUUGAACCCAAGUGAAGUUGGGGAUAUUAUAGUGGGCACAGUACUGGCACCAGGCUCCCAAAGAGCCAGUGAAUGCAGGAUGGCUGCAUUUUAUGCUGGUUUCCCUGAAACUGUACCAAUUAGAACUGUGAAUCGGCAAUGUUCCUCUGGCCUUCAAGCAGUUGCUGAUGUAGCUGCCGCUAUUAAAGCUGGAUUUUAUGACAUUGGGAUUGGGGCUGGGUUGGAAUCAAUGACAACAAACCCGAUGGCUUGGGAAGGAUCAGUCAAUCCAAAAGUGAAGGAAAUGGCACAAGCGAGGGAUUGUCUUCUUCCCAUGGGUCUUACUUCAGAAAAUGUUGCACAUCGUUUUAGUGUAACAAGGAAGGAGCAAGACCAAGCUGCGGUUGAGUCACACAAGAAGGCUGCCGCUGCGACUGCUUCUGGUAAAUUUAAAGAUGAAAUAAUACCUGUCGCCACCAAGAUUGUUGAUCCCAAAACGGGAGAUGAGAAACCAGUGACAAUCUCUGCUGAUGAUGGAAUUCGGCCAAACGCAACAAUGGCAGAUUUGGGAAAACUGAAGACUGUAUUUAAGAAAGACGGGACAACAACUGCUGGGAACUCUAGCCAAGUGAGCGAUGGUGCUGGGGCUGUACUCCUCAUGAAGAAAAGUAUCGCAAUGAAGAAAGGACUACCAAUUCUUGGUGUAUUUAGGACAUUCGCUGCUGUUGGUGUUGAUCCUGCUAUUAUGGGUGUUGGUCCAGCUGCUGCAAUUCCAGCUGCAGUCAAGUCUGCUGGUCUUGAACUCGAUGAUAUUGAUCUUUUUGAGAUAAAUGAGGCAUUUGCUUCUCAAUAUGUAUAUUGCCGUAAGAAGCUGGAUCUUGAUCCAGAAAAGAUCAAUGUUAAUGGAGGUGCUAUGGCCAUCGGGCAUCCUUUGGGUGCAACAGGAGCACGCUGUGUUGCUACCCUAUUGCACGAGAUGAAGCGUCGUGGAAAAGAUUGCCGCUUUGGUGUGGUUUCAAUGUGCAUAGGCACGGGAAUGGGAGCUGCUGCUGUUUUUGAAAGAGGGGACGGUGUUGAUGAUCUCUGCAAUGCUCGGAGAAUCGAAACGGUCAAUCUUUUAUCCAAGGAUGCCAUGUAGAACUAGUUCAGCUAUCAUGCAUCACCAUCAUCACCAUUUGGGAUUGCGAUCAAUAAUUUUACAGCCGGAAGCCGACGACUGAUUCCCAGUUAAGAAGCAGUUGAAAUAAUAGGGUCUUAGGUAAAAAAUAAUAAUAGGGUCUUUAUUUUCUUUAUAGUACACGUAUAGGGAAUAAUUGAAUCGCCUCAGCGUCUCAUUCCAGAAAUUGAAUCAUUAAAUAAUUUGAUUUGAAAGUUCAAUUUUGUUAA